AUGGAUCAGAUCAAGAAGCGCAUGGAAGCUCUCCGCGUUGAGGCGGAUGAGAGCAGCGCCCGCGCCGAGGAGCUCAAGGCGACUGUCAAGCGCCUCGAAGCCGAGACCACACAGAAGGAGCAGGAGAUUACCUCGCUGACGCACAAGAACUCUGUGCUCGAGAGCGAGGUUGAGAAGCUUGAGGGGCAAGUCAAGAUCCACAAGGACGAAGCUGGUGCAGGUGCUCAGGCUGGCACCCAAGCCGAGAGCCUCCAGCGCAAGAUCCAAGUUCUCGAGGAAGAAGCUGAGGAAUCGGACAGGACGAUCCGCGAGCUCAACGAGAAGCUCCGCCAAACCGACGUCAAGUCCGGUCACUACGAACGCAAAGUACAAGCCCUCGAGCAGUCCCGCGACCAGUGGGAAACCAAGUACGAAGAGAUGGCCAAGAAAUACGCCGACACCAAGAAGGAGCUCGACGACUUCGUCAAGGAGAUCGGUAACAUCUGA